AGCGGCAGCGGCGGCGGCAGCGGUGCCGGAGGCGCAGAGGGCGGCGCAGGCGGAGCCGGGCGGGCGGGCGCGCGAGCGAGCCAGCGGGCGGCCGGGCCGGCGGGCGAGCGGCGGCGGCGGCGGCGGCAGCGGCACCCCAGGCCGAGCCGGCGCGGGAGGAGUUCCAGGGCGAUGGGGCCGCGGCCGGGGCUGACGCUUUGACAGCUGGAAAGAGCGCGGAGCCAGCGCCUGGGGGGGAGGGAGGGGAGUGCGGCGAGGAGAGCGCGAGCGGGCGAGCGAGCGAGGCCGGGGAGGGGGCCGGGAGCGAGGGGGCAGCUCGGGAGCAAGCCGGAGCGGUAGCGGCGGCGGCGGCGGCGGCGGCGAGGCUCGGCGCCCUCUUCUCCGCAAACCAUGUUUGCCAAAGGCAAAGGCUCGGCGGUGCCCUCGGACGGGCAGGCUCGGGAAAAGUUAGCUUUAUACGUCUACGAAUAUUUACUGCACGUAGGAGCACAGAAAUCUGCACAGACCUUCUUGUCGGAGAUUCGAUGGGAAAAAAACAUCACGUUGGGAGAACCGCCUGGGUUUUUGCACUCGUGGUGGUGCGUAUUCUGGGACCUUUACUGUGCAGCUCCUGAAAGGCGAGACACUUGUGAACAUUCGAGUGAAGCAAAAGCCUUUCAUGAUUAUAGUGCAGCAGCCGCCCCGAGCCCUGUGCUUGGCAACAUUCCCCCCAACGAUGGGAUGCCAGGAGGCCCCAUCCCGCCGGGUUUCUUUCAGGGUCCUCCGGGGUCACAGCCCUCGCCGCACGCACAGCCUCCACCUCACAAUCCCAGCAGCAUGAUGGGACCCCACAGUCAGCCUUUUAUGUCACCGCGCUACGCAGGCGGCCCCAGGCCCCCGAUCAGAAUGGGAAACCAGCCUCCGGGAGGAGUUCCUGGGACCCAGCCGCUGCUGCCCAAUUCCAUGGAUCCCACCCGACAACAAGGGCACCCCAACAUGGGAGGAUCAAUGCAAAGAAUGAACCCUCCCCGAGGCAUGGGGCCCAUGGGGCCCGGCCCACAGAAUUACGGCAGCGGCAUGAGACCACCACCCAACUCCCUCGGCCCCGCCAUGCCCGGGAUUAACAUGGGCCCGGGAGCUGGCAGACCCUGGCCAAAUCCUAACAGUGCUAACUCAAUCCCAUAUUCCUCCUCAUCACCUGGUACCUAUGUGGGACCUCCUGGCGGUGGUGGUCCCCCAGGAACACCCAUCAUGCCUAGUCCUGCAGAUUCAACAAAUUCCAGUGACAACAUCUACACAAUGAUUAAUCCAGUGCCGCCUGGAGGCAGCCGGUCCAACUUCCCGAUGGGUCCAGGCUCGGACGGCCCAAUGGGAGGCAUGGGCGGCAUGGAGCCACACCACAUGAAUGGAUCAUUAGGGUCAGGUGACAUAGACGGACUUCCAAAAAAUUCUCCCAACAACAUAAGUGGCAUUAGCAAUCCUCCAGGCACCCCUCGAGACGAUGGUGAGCUAGGAGGGAACUUCCUUCACUCCUUCCAGAAUGACAAUUAUUCUCCAAGCAUGACGAUGAGCGUGUGACCCCCUCCUCUUCUCCGAGACGCUGAGAGAGCCGGCAUUGCAGGCGGGAAGAUGCCAGAAAUUAUGCAAGAAGAAGUGAGGUGUCAUUACCCAGGAGCUGGGGGAGGGGCAUCUCCCUGCUCCCCCUCAGCCCCCACUCUCCUCCUCCAGUCCCCAAACCUGUCCCAAUUUUAGUUUCAUGCAAUAAAAAGGCCGAACUUUUUAUUCCAUAAAAUAUGAAGGACAAAACUCAAAAUAAAAAUAUAUUUCAAGUCAAUGACCAGAAAAAUCCCACCCCAUGCCCAUUCCCAAAAGGACCUUUUAUGUACGUGACACUUUUAUGUUGUUUUUGUUUGUUUGUUUGGGGUUUUACCGUUACUGGGAUUUUUUUAAUUUGUUUUCAAGGGGGGUUUUUUGGGGGAAAAAUUUUUAAAAAUGGAAGCUUCUAGCAAGCCCCCCCCACCCCAUCCCACCCCAGUCAACCUCUUUGCUUUCUUCUUUAAAAAAAAAAAAGGACAAAAAAAAAAAAAAAACAACCACACCCUGCUGUAUGUCUGUACCCAAGCCCUUCCACCAGGAAAGCUAGUCUAGGUGUGAGGUCUCACGCUGUCUUUGUAGCCAUCUAAAAAUAAUGAUAAUAAUAAUAAACUGGGCAGUUUACAAUC